AUGGUCAGAUACGCUCUCCUUUGUCAAGGAUUCCUUGACGCAUACUUGAACGACAAUGUUGCACUCGGUACACACGAUUCUUGGAAUCGACUUACAUUUGACGAUCCACAGCUGGAACCUACCUUCACUUACAUUGUGAUACAGAAGCGACACCUUACACGAUUCUACCGGCCGGCCAAGGACGAGCAAGGACAAGACACGUAUGUGAACGUGUCUUCGGGCACUGUAGUUGACAAUAUGGUCGUAUCGCCAAAAUUCUUCGACUUUUAUUUAGCGUCUCAGAUAGGAGCACUGGGUACAUUACGACCAGCACAUUACACAGUAGUUCGUGACGACUGGAUGUUGGGUCCGGACAAGAUCUACGAAAUGUGUUACCGACUAUGUUUCCUAUACGCGAGAUGUAGGAUUCCGGUUUCCCUCCCAUGUCCAGUAUAUUACGCGCAUCGCGUUUGUGAAAAAGCAAAAGAUGUAUAUAAAUCACUUCUUAGUGCCAAAACGUUUGAUGGUCUCAGCGAACAGGAGCGGAAGGCUAAAAUCGAAGAAUGCCUUACUGUACGAGACAAAUAUCCGGGAAUGCAUUUCGUGUAG